ACUACCCAGCCGGGGCCAGUUGGGAGCGAAGGCGCGCUGAGCUGCAGUGUCUGGCCGAGAGUCCCCUUGGGAGCGUCGCGCCGCGGAGGAGCCGUCCCGGCGUAGGUGGCGUGGCCGGCCGGACCCUCCAACUGGCGCCCCUCCCCGCGCCGGGUCCCGAGCUAGCAGAUGGGAGGCACAGCUCGCGGGCCUGGGCGGAAGGAUGCGGGGCUGCCCGGGGCCGGGCUCCCGCCCCAGCAGCGAAGUGGCGGAGCCACAGUGUUAACAGAGAAGUGAUCCUUAAUCAUUUAGAAUUUUGCCUCCACCAUUCACCAGAAAAUGAAGUGGAAAGAGAAGUUGGGGGAUGGUGUCUAUGAUACCUUCAUGAUGAUAGAUGAAACCAAAUGUCCCCCCUGUUCAAAUGUGCUCUGCAAUCCUUCUGAACCACCUCCACCCAGAAGACUAAAUAUGAUCACUGAGAAGUUUACAAGAGAUCAUACUCAGCACUUUUUGGAUGGAGGUGAGAUGAAGGUAGAACAACUGUUUCAAGAAUUUGGCAACAGAAAAUCCAAUACUAUUCAGUCAGAUGGCAUCAGUGACUCUGAAAAAUGCUCUCCUACUGUUUCUCAGGGUAAAAGUUCAGAUUGCUUGAAUACAGUAAAAUCCAACAGUUCAUCCAAGGCACCCAAAGUGGUGCCUCUGACUCCAGAACAAGCCCUGAAGCAAUAUAAACACCACCUCACUGCCUAUGAGAAGCUGGAAAUAAUAAAUUAUCCAGAAAUUUACUUUGUAGGUCCAAAUGCCAAAAAAAGACAUGGAGUUAUUGGUGGUCCCAAUAAUGGGGGGUAUGAUGAUGCAGAUGGGGCCUACAUUCAUGUACCUCGAGACCAUCUAGCUUAUCGAUAUGAGGUGCUGAAAAUUAUUGGCAAGGGGAGUUUUGGGCAGGUGGCCAGGGUCUAUGAUCACAAACUGCGGCAGUACGUGGCCCUGAAAAUGGUGCGCAAUGAGAAGCGCUUUCAUCGUCAAGCAGCUGAGGAGAUCCGGAUUUUGGAGCAUCUUAAAAAACAGGAUAAAACUGGUAGUAUGAACGUUAUCCACAUGCUGGAAAGUUUCACAUUCCGGAACCAUGUUUGCAUGGCCUUUGAAUUGCUGAGCAUAGACCUUUAUGAGCUGAUUAAAAAAAACAAGUUUCAGGGUUUUAGCGUCCAGUUGGUACGCAAGUUUGCCCAGUCCAUCUUGCAAUCCUUGGAUGCCCUCCACAAAAAUAAGAUUAUUCACUGCGAUCUGAAGCCAGAAAACAUUCUCCUGAAACACCACGGGCGCAGUUCAACCAAGGUCAUUGACUUUGGGUCCAGCUGUUUUGAGUACCAGAAGCUCUACACGUAUAUCCAGUCUCGGUUCUACAGAGCUCCAGAAAUCAUCUUAGGAAGCCGUUACAGCACACCGAUUGACAUAUGGAGUUUUGGCUGCAUCCUUGCAGAACUUUUAACAGGACAGCCUCUCUUCCCUGGAGAGGAUGAAGGAGACCAGUUGGCCUGCAUGAUGGAGCUUCUAGGGAUGCCACCACCAAAACUUCUGGAGCAAUCCAAACGUGCCAAGUACUUUAUUAAUUCCAAGGGCAUACCCCGCUACUGCUCUGUGACUACUCAGGCAGAUGGGAGGGUUGUGCUUGUGGGGGGUCGCUCACGUAGGGGUAAAAAGCGGGGUCCCCCGGGCAGCAAAGACUGGGGAACAGCACUGAAAGGGUGUGAUGACUACUUGUUUAUAGAGUUUUUGAAAAGGUGUCUUCACUGGGACCCCUCUGCCCGCCUGACCCCAGCUCAAGCAUUAAGACACCCUUGGAUUAGCAAGUCUGUCCCCAGACCUCUCACCACCAUAGACAAGGUGUCAGGGAAACGGGUAGUUAAUCCUGCAAGUGCUUUCCAGGGAUUGGGUUCUAAGCUGCCUCCAGUUGUUGGAAUAGCUAAUAAGCUUAAAGCUAACUUAAUGUCAGAAACCAAUGGUAGUAUACCCCUAUGCAGUGUAUUGCCAAAACUGAUUAGCUAGUGGACAGAGAUACGCCCAGAGAUGCAUAUGUAUGUAUUUUUAUGAUCUUGCAAACCUGCAGAUUGAAAAAUUGCAAGCCCAUUGGUGGUGGUUUUUGUUAGACUAGACUUUUUUUAAACAAGACAAAACAUUUUUAUAUAACUAUGAAAGAAUUCUUCAAGGGCUAAUUACCUAACCAGCUUGUAUUGGCCAUCUGGAAUAUGCAUUAAAUGACUUUUUAUAGGUCAAUGCA